AUGGCAGGCAGGAGAGCAGACCUCAGGCCUGCUGGGGAGCCGGCUGGGUGGGAAGCAGCCAUGCUCGCCAGGCGCUACGCCACCAGCACGGAUCCCGGGCCAGGGCUGCCAGCCAAGCGAGGGGGGCCGGGAGGGUGCAAGGGCAGGCGGCCCGUCAGCGGCAGCGCCUGUCGGGAGGGCGCAGGGUGGAGUCUCUUACUCAGCCCCCAGAGCCACCUCCAGCUUCGGCGAAACCUGUCGAGCAGUUUCCCCCGGUGGCAGGGCGGAGGGCAGGAGGGCGGCGGGAGGAGAGAGGGAGGGAGGAAACGCGCCGCCUCGGAACAGGUUUGUCCUUCUCUACCUGCUGACGUUCUGCCGCCCCAGAUGAUGGCUGGAAACAAAACCGCCCCGUCAGUGCGAAGGCAGCCUGGAAAAACUGGUCGUGUGAGGGGCGAGGGCAGCAUUCCUGGCUGCCGCGCAGGGGACGGCUCAUCACCGCGAGACUUGAAGUUUAUAAGGCCAGAAGAGGAUAUUCACAUGACACCAAUUUUAGAUGGCAUGUGUGAGAGGAUUAUCUUCCCAGACAUCUCCAAAGGGAGGACAGAAGACUGUAGGAAGGCUCCUGGACAGAAUCCCCUUUGCUAUAGAGCAAGUGUAGAAGACCCACUUACAUCAAAUGCAUGUCAGGAGGCAGUGUGAGUGCCUUCCAUUGGGAUA